AUGCACCAGCCACGGCUAGCAGACCUCUUCGAAGAAUUUACACGCCCACACACCUCGACAGCUACCAAUUCAACAACAGACCCACACAAUGCCAACAGCGCCUCCGCCGCAAAUCGCGAAGCAUCGAACACAGCCGCGAACGCCAUGACAUACGGCUCUACAUCUCCCUCCACAAUCCCAUCGUACCUACCAAUUGAGGACAUCUAUGUGGCACCGCAUUACCAGCCCCCGAACCCUGAAGACGAGGACGACGUCGUCCCAGACCAGCAUGCGGCCUUCGGCAUUACCCGCGCCAUGGAGCGGAGACGUGACCCUGUGUGGCGCGAUCUGGGUCUUGAGUCACUCGUUGAUGGCGAAGGACAUGGGGCUGAUUCUGGGCCUUUGACUGGUUCCGGAGGUACUGGUACCGCCGGGGCUGCGACUUCUGGGCCUGGGGCUACGCUGAGGGGUAGUGGGGGUGGUGCAGCGGCGGCAGGGGCGCCUGUUAUUAGGGUCAGGGAUUCUGGGCGGAGGAUGGGUGGACGCAGGGUUAUUGGGUUACGGUAA